UGGGUCAACCAGGCAAUUAGAGAAGAAAUUUAAAAAUGUAUGGAAACAAAUGAAAAUGAAAAUACAACAAUCCAAAUGCUUUGGGAUGCAGCGAAGGCAGUCCUGAGAGGAAAAUACAUUGCAAUCCAGGCCUAUCUCAAGAAACAAGAAAAAUCCCAAAUACAAAAUCUAACGGCACACCUAAAGGAAAUAGAAGCAGAGCAGCAAAGACACCCCAAACCCAGCAGAAGAAGAAAAAUAAUAAAGAUCAGAGCAGAAAUUACAGAAUCUAGAAAAAUUGUAGAGCAGAUCAGUGAAACCAAGAGCUGGCUUUUUGAAAAAAUAAACAAAGUUGAUAAACCUCUAGCCAGGCUUCUCAAAAAGAAAAGGGAGAUGACCCAAAUAGAUAAAAUCAUGAAUGAAAAUGGAAUUAUUACAACCAACCCCUCAGAAAUACAAGCAAUUAUCAGCGAAUACUAUGAAAAAUUAUAGGCCAACAAACGGGACAACCUGGAACAAAUGGACAAAUUCCUCAGCACCCACACACUUCCAAAACUCAAACAGCAAGAAAAGGAAAACUUGAACAGAUCCAUAACCAGCGAAGAAAUUGAAUCAGUUGUCAAAAAUCUCCCAACAAAUGAGAGUCCAGGACCAGAUGGCUUCCCUGGGGAAUUCUACCAGACAUUUAAAGCAGACAUAAUACCUAUCCUUCUCAGGCUAUUCCAAAAAAUAGAAAGGGAAGAAGGAAGACUUCCAGACUCAUUCUGUGAAGCCAGUAUUACUUUGAUUCCUAAACCAGACAGAGACCCAGUAAAAAAAGAGAACUACAGGCCAGUAUCCCUGAUGAAUAUGGAUAAAAUAGCAUUUACACGUUUGUUUCUAAAAUCUUGUCAUAUCAGUGGUUCUUACCAGGCUUUAAGAAACCUGGUAUGUUGAGAUGUCCUUUAACUGCGUUUUACAUCUUGGGUGGUUUAUAUUCCUCUGUAGGGUAAGAAAGCAUAGUGAAGCAUGUCUUUGAUAUGAGAGGGAAAUCCAGGUGAAGGUUGAGUGGCUUACACAAAGAGUGAGGGAAGGAGGCUUUCAAGAGCGGGAGUUUGGUGUUUUUACAGGGAAAAUAGGAUCGCUGAUUGAGCAGGCUUUCUGAGUUUAACUUUCGUAUGUUUGAUUCUCCACUUAAGUAUUAAAUCUUUCAAGUAUUGUCUGUAUCACACUGACUAAUCUGCCUGUCGUUAUAUAAUGGAUAGCCGAUCUGGCCUUUUAAGAAAAUCCUUGAUGUAUUAGGUCGUUAAAACCAAUUCUAACAUUUGGUGCUCAUUAGUGUUGUAACCGAAACAAAAACAUUUUAAUGGUUGAUCCCAGAGUAUUUUGAAGUUAGUGUAAGUUUGCUGGAAAGGUAUUUAAGCUGAAGUAUCAAUUACAAAUGGGCCAUGAGCCAAGUUUCAAAGUUGUUUCUAAGUAAGACAUUGAGUUUUUAGAAUGCAAAAAAUAAAGUGUGUGGCACUGCGCCAUGUGGCAAGGAAGUAGAAUGGAACGGUUACAGUGGGAUUUGUAUUGAUGAUAGUGAUUUUGAAACAAUUGGAUUCAAUUAAAAAUAAAAUUAAAGUUUUUAGUUUAUUAACUUGUUUUUUGGCUUAUUGUUUUGUUCCGGAUCCACAUUGUAGAAUGUUGCUCAUAUAGAAUAAAAUGUCAUUAACUCCAAAUAGGUUUGAGUAAUUCUUUUUUUUUUUUUUUUUUUAAUUUUACAGAGAGAGAAAGAGAGUGAGUGGGGGAGGGGCAGAGGGAGAGAGAAUCCCAAGCAGGCACCACGCUCCGUGCAGAGCCCGACAUGGGGCUCGAUGCCACAAGCCUGGGAUCAUGACCUGCGCGGAAAUCCAGAGUCACAUACACAACCGACUGACCCAGGCGCCCCAGUUUGAAUAAUUUUUGUGAUCACCCGAGUGAUACUUCUGUAAUUUUCUGUUGUUUCUUGAGCCUGUUUUGGGGGAAGUGUUGCCUUCUGCCAGCCAGUAAGAGUUACAGAGAGAGUAAGAGUCGGGCCCUGCGGGUGGAGCCGCGAUGUGUACAAGAGGGUCUCCCGCACUGGUGGUGACACCGAGGUGGUGGGCACGGGAGAGAGACGUGGGCUUUGCAGGUCAGCAGACCCCUCCCUCGGGCGCUCCCUCCGUGUUCGUCGCCUCCGGCCUCCUGCUCUCCUGCUCUUCUGUUCUCUCCCCUUCCCUUGUCCGGUGGCCGCCGGGCCGAGCCCUGGUCCUCCUUCUGUGGGCCUGUGUCUCACGGCUCCUGGCGGCUCUUUGGUGCCUUGGGGGCGGGAGGACCCUGGACUUGCACACGAGAUGCUGUGAAGAUGCGUCUUUUAAGGGAGGGUUUCCACCGUUCUUUCCCAGCGUUUCUGAGGACUCCAGGGGCUCUCCCUUCCCCGCUGACUGUUGGGCCCCUUUCCAUCUGCCCCUCAGGCGUCAGAGGACGUCUCUGGACCCAGACGGUGCCCGCCACUCUGUUCUCUGCGCUCAGAGGGCUGGGACACCUGCACCAUAGAGUCGUAGAAGGAACUUCAGGGUUCCCUGGUAGCACAUUGACUGUUACGUUCCUGUGUGUGCUUCAAUACCUGAUGCGACAGAUUUGCUUUUAAAAAUUUUACUGGUUUUAGGGAUACAACAUGCGUUCCAUGUUAUUUUCCCCAUUUCAAAUAUUCCUAACAGGUGGCCAGCUCAAGUUAAAACAAAAUAGAUGCCUCUCAUUUUAAUGGUAUCUUUUCCAACUCGGAAACAAAGCAUUCGUUGUUUUAAAAACUGAUGGUGCAGUGGAAGAACAGUGUAUUUGGAAUCACUUAUAAAUUCAUUAGAAAAAAAAUUCAGAUUGACAGCAUUUUGGGUUUCUAAUUAAGCCUUUGAAGGCAAGCAUGUCAACUAUAAGAAAACAGUAACGUAGGCUUCUAGUAUAUUCUUUUCUAGUUGGCCAAAGACCCAAAGUUGUCUUCUGGACUAAAAUUGUCAUUCACAUGAAUCGUAAUGAUAGCGUGGAAAAGUUGGACUCCUUCAGGAGAAGGAGAUCCCCAACUAACACAGCCUUCACGCAGCUUACCGUGCGUCAAGAGUCUAGAGAAGGCAAAUGCUCCUUUCAUCUCUGCGUGGAUAAUUCUGACCUCAAAAAUAAAAUGGCCAUUUUCAAGGAUCCUAAUUCUGCUGGCGAGUAGUCAGACCAGAUUAAUAAACACAAAUCCCCCCGACCCCCCUUUUUAGAAAAUACUGGUGAUCAAUCCUGGCUCAGCUAACAGAGUGCGAGAUUCACGCUUAACAAAGUCAAAUUAACCGAGUGUGGCACGUGCUAGCUCUGGGAUGUGAUAGUGAACACAGCACUGAAGGUCCUUGCCCUUGAGAAACAUACACACAUAUAUGUAUAUCUGUAUGUGUGUGUGCGUGUCCUACAUGUGUCCGUAUACAAACAGUGUGCAGUGCUGUAAAAUGAAUGGGGCCUGAGGAGAGGGGAAUUUUGGCCUUAAAACGCCAUCUACAGUUAGCCAUUUGGCAGAAAAAGUAGAGUCCUUCGUCUGGUCUUGAUGAUUAAUGUGUUUUCUGCGUUUUAAUAAUAAAGUUGGUGGCGGGCCAUGAUCUGUGGCUGUUCGGAAAAGAGUCUUAGUCGUCCAACAAUAUUUGUGCCUCGAAACAGAAAACUUUCCCUGGAGGUGAAAAUCUGCAGAUACGUACGCCCUGCAGGGGCGAGGCCGUGACCGUGUGCUUCUCGGGUCCCCAUUUCCCUGACUGAGGCCCCGGGGGCUGGGGUCCCAGAGGCCGUCCCUGCGGAGCCUGAACCUGGUCCCCGAACCUGGUCCCUUGGCACCGUGCGGACAUGGCCAGUCUAGCCUGAGUUCUGGUGAUGAAAUGGGGGCUCCUGUGGUCCAGCCAAAGUUUUCCGAUUCACUGUUUUUCCUGCCCUGCCCUGCCCUGCCCAGUCCUCUUUUCUUUGUAUUCAGCUCAUACUUCGCCUACCCAGAAGGCUGUGCUUUGAAGCCUGAGCAUUAGCGGGUAAAUACGGAUGCGGAACUGCUUUCCCCGGACAGGAUUUUGGGGAGCAGGAGAGUGGCUUCUCCAGAUCAGUAGCAAAUCUGUGUCCUGGGGACCGAGGCGGUUCAGUCUCAGUCAUUUUCAGAUUGGUCCGGGGGGCUUGGGGGCCCCUCGGAGGGCCCUGGGGGUGCCUGUGGGAGUCGGUUUGCAAAGGCAAACCCCUUCACCAGGGAGCCUGCAGAGCCACACAGAGAACCUGAAAACAGCAAAUUCUUGCUUGUCACGGACCCUUCCUGAGUCAGAGCGUGAGUGCCAGCUCAAGAGUCCCUUGUGGGCGACCUUCCCAUCCGGGUUUCCGUGUUCCAUUCUGCCCUGCCAACGCUCCUGGGCCCUUCUCACUCACGCCCGUCUGUGGAAAGCAGGGAAAGGAAGCGGAGCCGUGAGGUCCACACGGUGGGGGCGACAUAAGACCUGUUGGAAAUGCUGGGUUGAAGCAGCUCAUUACCGUUCGAAAGACAUUCUUCAGUUUUCUAACCAAAGGAGAAACUGCAUUAUCUUCAUUAUAGAUAGAAGUCACAACACGCCGAACUACUUGGAAAGCCGCAUGUUUUAGCCAGUAAUGAGUCUUAACCUUUACGAGAUCAGCACAUGGAAAUGGUUAGUGGGCGCCAGCAGAGAAACGCGGGUCACAUGCCCUUCGGUCAGGGGCCAAGUCCUCGUCACUCCAGGCAUUCAGAGUUUUGCAGUUCAUCUUCCUAGGUUGCUAAGUGCUUUUCAUGCCUCAUGACACAAAGAGUUGACUAGCUUGCUUUUGCAGUGUGAAACGCUUCCUUUUAAAAUUUCGAAACAUGCUUUUCUCCUUACUUUUAAGAUAUUUUGAUUCAUUCAGAUUUUGCAUAAUAUUAAGAAUGGCAGAAUUUAUAAGCUAUAAGCAUGUGUGAUUUGAAUGCUUCCUACCUAAUGGGACUGGAAUUUUUCUCCAAUUAUGGGACGGGGAGACCAUCGUUCCCCAGUUGCCAAAACAGAAUGCAGCUGGCUGCAGGAGGGCUGAGCUAGCAGAACAUUUAAUAUUUUGAAAAAUGUGUCCUGGGGGAAAAGACUUUCUGUUCAGAAAGAUACUGAAUUAUUUAGCUGGGCAGCUGCAGGGUGUGAAUAUUUUGAGCGCCAUUGCUGUCAUUUAUUUUUUAUUGGGUUCAAAUGGAAAAAUUGAAAACCGUAUUCAGACGCGUAGCCUUUCACUCGAUGGCGUGUAGACCUCCGGCUGCAGCUGCCUGCGCUCCUGUGAUCUGCACGGGCACAUUCCACUCCGAGUGCAUCAGUGUUUAAUUUUCAAAAUUCUCGGCAAAUAGCAGAGCUGCAGCCAGGAAUUCCUCCACUGAGAUUCCUUCCGGCCCAGAUGAAACUGAUAAUUCCCGGCUGGGUUGCUGUCAUUCAUCACUAAUCCAGGGCGGAGAAGCUGGAGCAUGGCCGUGAGCAGCGGGAACCGCGAUGUCGUGCUCCUGAGCAGUGGCGGCCCCGGCGCCCUCACGACCUGCAACGGGGACCUCGCCGCCCACCAGCUCUCCGCAGAAGCGCCCGGAACAAAAGCGUGCGUGAACGGAUGCCCACGGGUCAACGGCUCGGCGAAGUCAUCCCGUCUGGCCGCCGACGUCCCGCAGCGAGCGCCUGCCAUGUGCCGCUGCCCCGCGCACCGGCCCUGCCCCCCGCCCGCCACCCCAGAGCCCCAGCCUGACCCUGGCCUGGGCCCCUGCUGCCCACGGCCGCACUCUGACUUCCCGGCACCCCCCUGUCCACACCGCACGCCCGCCUACCAGCCUGCCUGCGGCCUGCAGCCGGCCUGCUUCUGCCCGCACUGCCCGUGGCCCGGCCACUUCCCACACCAGCCCGGGCCACAGCACACGGCCAGCGUCAGACCAUGCAGACCUUUCAAGUUACCAAAAAGUUAUGCGUCCCUGAUCGCCGACUGGCCCGUCGUAGUCCUGGGCAUGUGUACCGCGUUCAUCGUCGUCUGUGCCCUGGUCGGGGUGUUAGUGCCCGAGCUGCCCGACUUCUCCGACCCACUGCUGGGCUUUGAACCAAGAGGGACUACGAUAGGCCAGAGACUGGUCACGUGGAAUAACAUGGUGAAAAACACGGGAUACAAAGCGACAUUAGCAAACUACCCUUUUAAGUAUGCAGAUGAACAAGCCAAGAGCCACCGGGACGACAGGUGGUCCGAUGAUCACUAUGAACGAGAGAAAAGAGAGGUCGACUGGGACUUCCACAGGGACAGCUUUUUCUGCGACGUUCCGAGCGACCGGUACUCCAGAGUGGUGUUCACAGCAGCUGGAGGGGAGACCCUGUGGAGUUUACCUGCAAUUAAAUCCAUGUGCAGUAUAGACAAUGCAAGGAUCAGAGCCCACCCGCAGUUCGGGGACCUGUGCCAGAGGACCACGGCCGCGUCCUGCUGCCCCAGCUGGACGCUGGGGAACUACAUCGCCAUCCUCAACAACCGGUCGUCCUGCCAGAACAUCGUGGAGCGAGACGUCGCUCACACCCUGAAGCUGCUGCGGGCCUGUGCCAGGCACUACCACAACGGCACGCUCGGGCCCGACUGCUGGGACGCGGCGGCCAGGAGGAAGGGCCAGCUCAAGUGCACGGGCGUGCCGCGCAAGUGCACCAAGUACAACGCCGUGUACCAGAUCCUGCACUACCUGGUGGACAAAGACUUCGCGGCCCCAAAGGCCGCCGACCCCACCGCGCCCGCGCUGAGGUACAGCAUGCUCUUCUCCCCCACGGAGAAAGGGGAGAGCAUGAUGGACAUCUACCUGGACAACUUCGUGGCCUGGAACGGCUCCGACGGCGUCACCAGCGUGGCCGGCAUCGAGUUCGGCCUCAAGCACAGCCUGUUCCAGGACCACCUCCUGACGGACACGGCCUACCCGGCCAUCGCCGUCCUGCUGGUGCUGCUGGUCAUGUGCGCCUACACGCGGUCCCUGUUCAUCACCCUCAUGACCGUGUUUGCCGUCAUCAGCUCCCUGAUCGUCUCCUACUUCCUCUACCGCGUGGUGUUCAGCUUCGAGUUCUUCCCGUUCAUGAACCUCACCGCGCUCGUCAUCUUGGUCGGAAUUGGCGCAGACGACGCGUUCGUCCUGUGUGACGUCUGGAGCCACGCCAAGGGCGACAAGCCCCACGCGGGGACGGCGGAGACGGUGGGCGUCACCCUGCAGCACGCAGCGCUGUCCAUGUUCGUCACCAGCUUCACCACGGCCGCGGCCUUCUACGCCAACUACGUGAGCAACAUCACCGCCAUCCGGUGCUUCGGCGUGUACGCGGGCACGGCGGUCCUGGUGAACUACGUGCUGAUGGUCACGUGGCUUCCGGCCGUCGUCGUCCUGCACGAGCGGUACCUCCUCAACCUCUUCAGCGGCUUCCGAAAGCCGCAGCAGCAGUACGGCAGCAAGAGCUGCUGGGCGGCUGCUCGCCGGAAGUGCCACCGGCUGCUGUUCGCCGUCUCCGAAGCCUCGCGAGUUUUCUUCGAGAAGGUGUUGCCGUGCGUGGUCAUCAAGUUUCGCUACGUCUGGCUGUUCUGGUUCCUGGCCCUGACCGUGGGCGGGGCCUACGUCGUGUGCGUGAACCCCAAGAUGAAGCUCCCCUCCCUGGAGCUGAACGAGUUCCAGCUCUUCAGGGCCUCGCACCCCUUCGAGCGCUACGACGCCGAGUACAAAAAGCUCUUCAUGUUUGAGCGCGUGCACCGCGGGGAGGAGCUGCACAUGCCCAUCACGGUGGUCUGGGGCGUGUCCCCGGAGGACAACGGCGACCCCCUGAACCCCAAGAGCAAAGGGAAGCUGGCCCUGGAUGGCAGCUUUAACAUCGCGAGCCCUGCUUCCCAGGUCUGGAUCUUGCACUUCUGUCAAAAGCUGAGAAACCAGACUUUCUUUCACCAGACGGAUGAGCAGGAUUUCACGAGCUGCUUCAUCGAGACGUUCAAGCAGUGGAUGGAAAACCAGGACUGUGACGAGCCGGCCCUGUACCUCUGCUGCAGGCGCUGGAGUUUCCCCUACAAGCAGGAGAUUUUUGAGCUGUGCAUCAAGAGGGCCAUCAUGGAGCUGGAACGGAGCACCGGGUACCACCUGGACAGCAAGACGCCGGGGCCGAGGUUUGACAUCAACGACACCAUCAGGGCCGUCGUGCUCGAGUUCCAGAGCACCUACCUGUUCACGCUGGCUUAUGAGAAGAUGCACCAGUUUUACAAGGAGGUGGACGCGUGGAUCUCCAGGGAGCUGAGCUCGGCUCCCGAGGGCCUCAGCAACGGCUGGUUCGUCAGCAACCUGGAGUUCUACGACCUGCAGGACAGCCUCUCGGACGGCACCCUCAUCGCCAUGGGGCUCUCCGUGGCCGUGGCGUUCAGCGUGAUGCUGCUCACCACCUUGAACGUCUUCAUCAGCCUCUUUGCCAUCGUCUCGAUCACGGGAACCAUAUUUGUCACCGUGGGCUCUCUCGUCCUGCUGGGCUGGGAGCUGAACGUCCUGGAGUCGGUGACCAUCUCCGUGGCGGUCGGUCUGUCUGUGGACUUCGCCGUCCACUACGGGGUCGCUUACCGCCUGGCCCCGGAUGCCGACCGGGAGGGGAAGGUGAUCUUCUCCCUGAGUCGCAUGGGCUCCGCGAUGGCCAUGGCCGCUCUGACCACCUUUGUGGCUGGGGCCAUGAUGAUGCCGUCCACGGUUCUGGCAUACACCCAGCUGGGCACCUUCAUGAUGCUCAUCAUGUGUGUCAGCUGGGCUUUCGCCACCUUCUUCUUCCAGUGCCUGUGCCGCUGCCUCGGGCCCCAGGGCGCCUGUGGUCAGAUCCCCUUACCUGGGAGACUCCAGUGUUCCGCCUUCUCCCACGCCGUGUCCACGAACCCCGGGGACAAGGGACAAACACACACCGUGAAUGCGUAUCAUUUAGAUCCCAGGGCCCCCAAAUCCGAAAUGGAGCAUGAGUUUUAUGAGUUAGAGCCCCUGGCGUCCCGCAGCGGCAGCGCCUCCGAGGAGACCCGCAUCUGCUCCGAGUUUUGCGACGGCGCCGCAAGGAACUUCGGGAUGCCGGUGCGUGCCGCGUACAGCAGAGGCCCCGGGGGCGAUGGCGGCGGUGCCCCGUUCCCGCCCCCUCUCGAGCAGCACGCCGUGUGUCACUUCUUCUCUCUGAGUCAGACAUGCACUUGUCCAGAUGCCUACAGACACCUGACGCCUGGCCCACAUGCCGGCCAGCAGGCGGGUGACGGCCUGUGUCCCCAGUGCGCUGCCCCCGCCGGCAGCCUCGUGCACGUGCAGAAGGGCGCACACCAGGCCCCCGAAGGCUUCAUGUGCACCAUCCCGCACGUCCAUCACUGUCCCUGCCUGCAGGGCGGAGCGAGGCCACCGGGACUGCAGAAUCCUCUGCCCACGAGCUUUGUCCUGCACCCCGUGCAGCACAUUCAGGCCCCAGAGAAGACCCGCACUCACGGUCUCCCGAGCGUGGGGCACGUUCCCCCGACGGUGGGGCCGUCGGCCUGUGUCUGCAGAAGCCCUGGGUCCCCACGAAAAGCGCAUUGUGAUCCUGAGAACAGCCAAAGGGGGCUUGCUAGGAACAGAGACGUCGGGCACGUGGAGGGCGGCAGAGGGGCCAGGAGCCAGGGCUCGGGUCCAGGGGGCCAGACGGACAAGACAGACAGGAACACAGGGCUGUGCUUGUCACAGGAUCUGGAACAGUCCGGUCAGAAUGAACCACAGUUUGUGUUUAACCGUCUAACGGGGGACGCGCAGCCCGGGUCCUGCCCAGAGGGCGACUCUGCAGACAGUGAGGACAGUGAGCCCCCUGCGUUCACGCACUCGGAACUUUCUGGUGAAAGCUUGUUGAUAAAAACACUCUAAUAAAUAUAGUGCUAAAUUCAGAACUGAUGCCUUUCAGUUGUUCCUUUGAAAUGGAGGUAAAACCCGUAAGUGUGGAAAGGGAGCCCAAAAAUGGCAGGAACAAGUUGCACUUUGUCAAAAAUCAUGGAAUAUUUUUAUAUUUUUUAUGAGAAACAACAAACUCACAUUUCUAAGGAGCGUUGUCUGAUUAUUGGAUUUUAUAUUUUCAAACAGUACAAAGUUCAUAAAGUUUUUUACCUUUAUACCUGG